AUGACGUCUCAAUCUGCGCCGCACUAUGACAUUGUCAUCGUGGGUGCUGGUCCUGUUGGCUUGAUGUUGUCAACUCUUCUCGCAAGAUGGGGCUACAAGAUCAGGCACAUUGAUAACCGACCAGAGCCGACACCCACGGGCCGUGCCGAUGGUAUCCAGCCACGUUCUCUCGAUCUUCUGCGCAAUAUGGGUCUGAAGCCCGCCAUCAUGGCUCACCAGCCAGCUCGCGUGUAUGAGGUUGCUUUCUGGGACCCACCCAAGAGCGGCGACGGCAUUGAGCGCACGGGAACAUGGGCCAGCUGCCCCAGCUUCAUAGAUGCCCGGUACCCUUUCACAACCCUUCUUCACCAAGGACUCAUCGAGCGCGUCUUCAUAUCGGAUCUUGAGAAGCACAACGUUUCCAUCUUGCGGCCGUGGACGAUCAAAGGCUUCCACUCCGACGAGGCACAGAAUCCCGAAUACCCCGUUGAGGUCCAACUCGAGCACGUCGAUGGCUCUGCGCAGGAGACCGUCCGGGCCAAGUAUCUGUUUGGCGGCGAAGGUGCACGGUCAUUUAUUCGCCAGAAGCUGGGCAUCCAGGUCCGCCACAAGGACCCAAUUUCCUAUGUGUGGGGCGUCAUGGACGGAGUUGUUAAGACCGACUUCCCGGACAUCAAGGCGAGUCUCCGUGCAAGGUUUGUUCUGGACACUGAUGGGACGCCCUUGCUAAUCCUGCCCUCCUCGAAUACAGAUGAAGUGCACCAUCCACUCACGGGACGGCUCCAUCAUGGUCAUUCCGCGUGA